AUGUUGCCUUCCAAGUACUUGCUCCCGUAUUUUUCAGUAAUCUUCUUCCUUCUCUUAACUUUCCCUCUUUCUUCAGCUACUUUUAAGCCACAUCUAAUUAUCCGGAAUAAGCAUGGCAUUCCAAAUAACCCCGAAACUCCCACCACUCCUCCUGCAGGCAAUGCCAAUCCUCCUCCAAGUGAUAACAAAUCUCCUCCCAUUGUGGAUCAAGAAGAUGAAUUUGAUCCUAUUGCUGAUGACAAGAGUACCGGUCCCAACAAUCCUCCAGGAAAUGCCGAAACUCCUCCUGGUGGUUCGCCAACUCAGGAAUCUCCUACCACUCCUCCGGGCAACAAAAACGCUCCCGAAUCCCCUCCAGGUGAUGGAAAAAUCGCUGAAAGCUCUGGAGGUAUCGAUGUUAAUGUACAAGUCAACUUCAAAGGUUCCUUCUCCAAGGUAUUUGCCUUCGGAGACUCGUUUACAGACACAGGGAAUGCUCAGUUGUUGGGUAGCCUUAAGUCCUUCGUUGGUAAAAUAAUCGCUCAGCUCAUCAGUGCCAGAUUAGGUGACGAGAAGCUACAAGGGUUCCGACAAUGUAAUGGGAAGUUGAUGGUUGAUUUCCUGUGCGAUGAUCUUGGCUUACCCUACUUGCCACCCUUUAAAAACGAGUCAUCAGACUUCUCUUCUGGUUGCAAUUUUGCUAUCGGCGGAGCAACGGCCCUUGCCAGCGAGUUCUUGCACAGAAUAAUUAACACCACUCAUUCCUUGAUGUGGAAUGGGACUCCACCGAACUUCCAAACAGAAGUAGAUUGGUUCAACAAGUUUCUUCAGGAUUUGGAAUGCAAGGGCAAAGAUGAGAAAACCUGCAAGGAGGACAUCGCAAAUGGGCUAUUCUGGAUAGGUGAUAUGGGUGGGAAUGACUAUGCUCGUAUUCUUGGUUCAUCUGGGUCUCCUUUCUCCAUGAAAUCGCUGGCAGAAACAACCUGUGGCCUAGUUACCAAGCUUCUUACAGAAUUAAUAGAGAAAGGUGCAAAGUACAUUGUGGUUCAAGGAUUACCGCCAAUAGGGUGCUGUCCAUUACAGUUAUUACUAAGUAAAUCAACGGACCGUGAUGCUCAUGGGUGUUCAUCACCGGCCAACGCUGUAAUAAAGGGUCACAACGACCUCCUAAUAAAGUCCUUGAAUGAAUUGCAGAAACGAUUUCCCGAUUGUAACAUUAUAUAUGCUGACGUCUGGGGUGCAGUCGACCACAUACUCCAAGACCUCAAGAAAUUCAAAUUUGGAGAGCCCUUCCAGACAUGCUGUGGGGCUGGAGGUGGCCCUCUUAACUUUAAGUUGCAUUCUCUUUGUGGAUCAAUGGGCACAGCCCCUUGCAAGGACCCCGCUAGUCAUAUAUUCUGGGAUGGACUCCAUUUCACAGAAGCCAUGUAUAAAGCACUAUCAGAACUCAUCAUUCAAGGGAGUGGCUUUACCUCACCAAUGUCAUUCGGAGACCUCUGUAAACUCAAAUCGGGUUCACUCACAAACAAACCGACCGGAGCAAUCGGAACCGGUUUGAGUGGAGGCACAGACUUUGGUAUUAAAGGAGACAUAAGCUUCCCUGUUGGAGGCAGUGGAAAUGGUGGUGUUAUAGGAGGUGUAGGAGGUGAUAUUGGAGGGGAUGCAGACAGUGGUGUUGGAGGAGGUGCAAGUGGUGGUAUUGGAGGCGGCGCAAGCGGUGAUAUUAGGGGAGGGACAGACGCUGAUAUUAAAGGAGACGCAACUGGUGAAAUUGGAGGUAGUGCAACCGGUAAUAUUGGAGGCGGCGCAAGCGGAGGGGCAGGUGGUAAUAUUAGAGGUGGUGCAGGUGCAGGCGGUAAUAUAGGAGGUGGCGCAGGUGCAAAUGGUAAUAUUGGAGGCGGUGCAGACGGAGGCAUAGGUGGUGAUAUUGGAGGCGGUGCAAGCAGUAGUUUUAAAGGAGGAGCAAGCGGUAGUAUUAAAGGAGGCACAAACGGCAAUAUUGGAGGUGGCGGAAGUGCAGGUGGUGGUAUUGGAGGUGGUGCAAGUGCAGGUGGUGGUAUUAGAGGUGGUGCAGGUGGAAGCAUAAGUGGUGGUAUUGGAGGUGAUGUAGGAGGCGGUUUUGGAGGUGGCGCAAGUAGUGGUAUUAAAGCAACCACAAUCGAUGAUAUUGGAGGCGGCGCAGGCGGUGGUAUUAGAGGGGGUGCAAGUGGUAGUUUAAAAGGAGAAGCAAGUGGUAGUAUUAAAGGAGGCGCAGGUGGUGACAUUAGAGGUGGUGCAGGCAGUGGUAUUGGAGGCAGUGUAGGUGGAGGCGCAGGUGGUAAUAUUGGAGGCGGCACAGGCGUAGGUGGUGAUAUUGGAGGCAGUACAAGCACAGGUGCAAGUGGAGAUGGAAAAAUUGGAGGUGGCACAGUCGGAGGCGGUGGUAUCGGAGGAGGUGUAGGUGGAGGCGGUAAAAUUGGAGGUGGUGUAAUUGGAGGCGGUGGUAUCGGAGGUGGCGUAGGUGGUGGUAUCAGAGGAGGUGCAGGCGGAGGCGGUAAAAUUGGAGGUGGCGCAGUCGGAGGCAGUGGUAUCGGAGGUGGCGCAGGCGGUGGUAUCGGAGGAGGUGCAGGCGGAGGCAGUAAAAUUGGAGGUGGUGCAGUCGGAGGCGGUGGUAUCGAAGGAGGUGCAGGAGGAGGCGGUAAAAUUGGAGGUGGCGCAGUCGGAGGCGGCGGUAUCGGAGGCGGCGCAAUCGGAGGCGGUGGUAUCAGAGGUGGCGCAGGCGGUGGUAUCGAAGGAGGUGCAGGCGGAGGCGGUAAAAUUGGAGGUGGUGCAGUUGGAGGCAGUGGUAUUGGAGGUGGCGCAGGCGGUGGUAUCGGAGGAGGUGUAGGCGGAGGCGGUAAAAUUGGAGGUGGCGCAGUCGGAGGCGGUGGUAUCGAAGGAGGUGCAGGCGGAGGCGGUAAAAUUGGAGGUGGCGCAGUCGGAGGCGGUGGUAUCGGAGGUGAUGCAGGGGGUGGUAUCGGAGGAGGUGCAAGCGAAGGCGGUAAAAUUGGAGGUGGCGCAGUUGGAGGCGGUGGUAUCGAAGGAGGUGCAGGCGGAGGUGGUAAAAUUGGAGGUGGCGCAGUCGGAGGUGGUGGUAUCGGAGGUGGCGUAGGCGGUGGUAUCGGAGGAGGUGCAGGCGGAGGCGGUAAAAUUGGGGGUAGCGCAGUCGGAGGUGGUGGUAUUGAAGGAGGUGCAGGCGGAGGUAGUAAAAUUGGAGGUGGCGCAGUUGGAGGCGGUGGUAUCGAAGGAGGUGCAGACGGAGGCGGUAAAAUUGGAGGUGGCGCAGUCGGAGGCGGUGGUAUUGGAGGUGGCGCAGGCGGUGGUAUUGAAGGAGGUGCAGGCGGAGGCGGUAAAAUUGGAGGUGGCGCAGUCGGAGGCGGUGGUAUCGGAGGUGAUGCAGGGGGUGGUAUCGGAGGAGGUGCAAGCGAAGGCGGUAAAAUUGGAGGUGGCGCAGUUGGAGGCGGUGGUAUCGAAGGAGGUGCAGGCGGAGGUGGUAAAAUUGGAGGUGGCGUAGUCGGAGGUGGUGGUAUCGGAGGUGGCAUAGGCGGUGGUAUCGGAGGAGGUGCAGGCGGAGGCGGUAAAAUUGGAGGUGGCGCAUUCGGAGGCGGUGGUAUUGAAGGAGGUGCAGGCGGAGGUAGUAAAAUUGGAGGUGGCGCAGUUGGAGGCGGUGGUAUUGGUGGUGGUGCAGGUGGUGGUAUUGGAGGAAGUGUAGGCGGAGGCGGUAAAAUUGGAGGUGGCGUAGUCGGAGGUGGUGGUAUUGGUGGUGGAGCAGGCGGUGGUGGAAUUGGUGGUAUUGGAGGAAUCGGAGGUAUUGGACGCUAGCUUAAUCAAUCCUAUUCAGGAGGAAAAUGGGAGAACGAAAUUAGGACCAACAGAAAUCCUGUUUUUCUGCUCUGAAUGGGGUGGUUCAUUUAGCUGCAUUCAAGGAGCGAGAUACCAGAUUUUGAUUUCAGAGUUUUUUGUUGUUACUGAGACAAUAAGGAUUAUGUCAUUUCUUGUGCAUUCAUUUACAAUGUUUACAAGGAUGAGGCCACUGAAUGUGCUUUCUGGGAUUCUAAUGUAAUACAAUUUUAAACAAUUCAAUAAAGUAGUGUGGGUUAUCUCA